GUAUAAAUCAUUAAAGCCACUUUUGUUUUAUGUACAAACAUGCAAUUGAUUUACAUGGCAACGCGAACAUAGCAACAUAUAACUAACCACGUUUAGGUUUGACAAACAAUAUUAUAAUAGCAAGCACAAGUGUAAUUAAAAUAUGUAUGCAUCAAAAUCAUAAAAGGAAAAACAAGAGCUAAAUAAUGUCUCAACAUUGGCAUGGUCAUUGGACAGAGAAUGCAUUUGUUCCGAAAAGAUUGCGAAAUUGGGAAAUUCCUAAAUGGUACCCUAACUGGCCAGACAGACAUUGCGUUGUUACAAAGUUUAUCGCAGAUAAUAAUGGACGUAUGUUAAAAAAUGUCAAAAAAGUCGAAUAUUCAUCAUGGGGAACAUUUAAAGGCACAUGGGAUUUACCAAAGAAAAUUACUCGAAGCAUUGCCAAAGAGCUGUCAACAACUUCUCAGUAUAAGAAAGAUUUAUGGGAACUGCACAAGAAGAAACAUCAGAAUUUAUGUAAAAAAAUAAAGUAUGCAAACAGAAAUGGAAAAAAGGAAGUUGUGUCGAACUUUAGAACAAUGGAACAAAAAGAGAUAAAUACACAUACAAAAGACAGAUAAGAAAUUUUAUGUAU